AUGCGUCUAUUCCCAGAUCCAUGCUUUAGCUUAGCCAAGAAAACCAACCCUCCACCUCGUACUUCUUCAAAGGUCAUUCCAGAUAAACCAUAUAGAUCUCUGGACUUCUGGUAUAUCGCGCCUCAUGACCGAGAGACCCUCGUUGGGCACAUAAUGCCAUACAUGGCUGCACGACUUCCAAAAAAAUACCUGCUGCAGACGAUUAUAGAAAAACACAUUUGGGCCCGUGAGAUCUUGAGUCCUGCGCCCACGCAAACGGAAGAUGUCAGUUUAACCUAUUUGCAGCAGAUCGCAACUGAAUUCUGGGACGAACCAAGGCAAACGAUCGCAAAGCUAGUAAGAUUGACCCGGGCGUGGUUUUUCACACUUCUUCGCUACACAUAUCGGAUGCGCUUCUUCGAGGGAAGCAAAACAUACCAAAGCGAUUUUGACGUACAACAUAUUCCCUCCUGCGAAACCCGACAAUACAUAUCCGAACUGACUGAGAUUGAAGUAUAUCGUUUAACACGCAUUCCAUAUAAGUACGGUGCAACUUUUUACCGAAGCAGCUAUGAGAAUAUCAAGCAAUGCCUGGCCUGGAAGAGAUUUUGCGCCAGAAUCCAGACCUUUUGCGAUUUGGUUGGGCUUUAUGCGUCCCCGGAAGAUCCCGAGCAGAGUCUCAAAGAACUUCAGAACAAUCUGACUUCAGUCAUGUUACAACGAGAAUGGUUGCGAACUACCGCUCAGCUUGAAGAGACUGCUAUUUUAGCCCGUGACACGGCAAGACACGUAAAGGAAAUCUCUGAACGAGUAGCAUCAGAGGGUUCGAUCAACCUCCAGCUGAUGGAAGAGACGAGACAGCAGGUUAGAGACCUACAGCUGCAAUGCAAUGAUCUACGAUUGGGUCAAACGACAUCAAGCCAUUCACAGCAAUGUAAUUCAAAGCUCUCGACUGAACUCCAGAGACAAAACCGAGCAUGGGGAAAAGAGUUUGAAUGCCUUCACAGCAGGAUUGAAGAGAGCGAGGCAAGAUGUAGACGGCACAUUGCAACGUUUCCAGAACAGAUCGAUAAAGACCGCACCGAGUCGAGUCACUUAGAUGGUCUGAGGCAGGAGGGCCCCAGUGUUGAAGCUCUUGUAGCCUGCCGCUGGCUACUCGAGCAUCUGCCGGCUGCAAAUUCAGUACACCCAGGAUUCGGCAAUCGGUGGAGGAUGUUCUGGCAAAGUCAAUGGAGUCAGUUUAGGGUAGAAGCGGGGCAUGACGACCACCCGCUCCGAGGAUUGGUCGACGAUGAGAAGUACAACAGGGUCGGUAAUGGUCUUUAUGGCACACUGAGCAAUUUUUUGCACGAAUAUGGUCAUCUGCGGAUCAAACCAUUGCAUCCGGAUGUGCAGAAAGUAGUGGAUACGAUCAGCCCCAUGCACUACAAUAGCGAUGGUCAGAUCGAUCUCGAGGCGGAGAAGAGAAGAUGGCUGAAGUCAAGCUAA